GUGUACUGUUUGCUCCUCACGAACCCAACAGCACAAGGAGCCUUGACUCUCGCAAAGCAGAGGAUUUUCUACAAGGUGAGAGUUGGGGGUCAUCCCUGGAGCAUAACUGCACUGCAGAAGCCUCAUCUCAGCAGCGCCCCAGCCUGAGGAUGAACCACGAGGGGCUGGAGGUGUUCAGCCAGCCUCACUUGCCAGGUGAGCUACGGAGAAGGCAGCAUCCCGGUGGAGCGAUCCGGACUUCCUAGGCAUUGUCCUGGGGCCCGGUGUGGGUGCUGUGGCAGUUCCCGUCUCCUGCUCUACAUCAUGCCUCGUUUUGCUGUGGAGAAGGGAGAGUGUUACCUCUUCAGCCACGGUGGAGGAGCUCGGAGGGUCCUCUUGAACAGGACAAGGAGUCUUCAGCGCCCAGAUGCUAAGUUGGUGCCCUUCCCUAGAAGGCUUGCCGUUAAUUGAGAUGGCCUGAAGGUCACGAACCAUAAUCAAUACGAAGGCGGUUGCUGCAAGGUGCUAAUUGACAUCCCCAAAGAGGAAUCAUGUCAGCGAUCAAUAGAGAAGACAGAGCCCUGGUGGAUUUGUGGUUUUGAUUUUGCGAAGGUAGGGGAAUGCCCCGUGAUGUUUUCCACCCCCCGCACUCCUUUAGAAUGCUAAUGCUUCCUUGAAGAUGAUUUCAGCAUCACUGCUAGGCUACUGCUCCACUCACUGAAGCAGAAUCCUCCGAAGAGUUGCUGAGGCAGAACUGAACUGAAAUCAGGGCUCGCCUCGGAGCAGCAGCUGUACUGGCCACUAAUGAUGCCUCACACAGAAAGGCAAUGCUCCUCCAACUCAGGGUUCUAAUGGGAAGUUUCUGAGCCUGCAAACAACAGCUUCCGAGCUGGCGUGUGCCAUCAGCUGCCUGCAGAUACCACUGUCUACUGCUUGAACACAGCUUGGUCGGCAAGAAUGGAAACUAAAGAGGCUUCUAACUACCUGUAACUGCUCCACCGGGCAGUGGAUCCCGCGUGUGCUCAUCAAGAUCCAGAUUUUAUUUCCUGAGCGCACACACGUGGACUUGGCCGAGGGGAAGACACGGAUGUGCUGCCUGAUGGGGAAAACCAGUGAGGACUGAAACAGCGCGAUAACUUGGCCUCUGCAGGGCACAGCCACCAUGAUCUCAGCAGACUGAUGAUGGAAGAAAAGGAAACCAGGAGCUGCCGUGCUCUGGCCUCCCUGGACGAUGGAUGGUGGGCAGCCCGUCCCUUCGCCCCUGGUGCCCCUGGGCAACGUGUCAUCUGAGUCUAGCAUGUCUCUGGAGCAGAAAACGACGUUUGUGUUUGUGAUUCUGCUGUUUAUUUUCUUGGGCAUCCUCAUCGUCAGGUGCUUCCGGAUUCUGCUGGACCCCUACCGGAGCAUGCCAACCUCAACCUGGGCCGAUGGACUUGAAGGCCUGGAGAAAGGCCAGUUUGACCAUGCCCUGGCUUAGCGGGGGGGAAGCAGGGCCUCCUCCCGAGGAGGCAGAGAGCUGCAUGUGAUGACACAGAUUCCCUUUAGCUAAUGUUCUUAAUAAGUCAAGCUCUUAACAAUAUCCGGCUCUAGGCCCCACCCCAGCCCAUUGUUCCAUGAUCAUGCAGUUGGGUUAAAGACAUUUGAGAAUGUCGGAAAUGCAGGUGUAUGCUACUAACCCCAAAUGGGAAAGUUUACCUUUCUGUGUUAACCCGAUGAAUGAGGAUGUGUGAUCUUGAAACCAAGAGCACUGGUGUUCGUAGACUUUGCCACAAAGUGGAGCAGGACCUGAUCCGACCAGAGAAGACUGGGAAGGAACUGAUCUGAACCUGCAGACAAGACCGAGAAUAGACCGCCUUGUUCCAAUCAUGUCUCCAUUUAGUUUAUUGCCUGGGCAUCUGGGUGCUGGACAGAGUGAGGAAGGAGAUGCCGAGGGGAACUCCAGCACGUUCCAAAGCAGCGACCACUGGGAAGCAAUGAGAAGUGACAAACUGAGAAGUGACAUUUCUGCUGAUGGUAGACAAUAUGAGUGUGGGUGAUAGCUUACUUCUUAAAUGGAACUAAAUUUAAAGGCUAUCGAGGUUUAGAAACGAUGUACCAGGCCAAGUACAUUCUCUGUAUACAUAUUAACAACAUGUGUAGAGGUAACUAUAUAUAACCUGGAUUUCCUUUCUUUAUCUAAAUGAUUGAAAAAUAGGUUGUAAGUGUUCCUGCAAGUUUUUUUUUUUUUUAAAGUAAAUAUUGUUUAGAGGAUAAGGCUUUUACAGUCUUGAGAGAAAUGAAUGUUGAUGUCUGUGUGUAGUCACCAAAUAAAACUUUUCGG